AUGAUGGUUUUGCGUCAUGGCAUGGAAGUGAGCGCCAUCAAGCAUGGCAAGGUUGAAUCUUGGGCCUUGUGUCGAAAGGAUUUUGGAAAGGAGGUCGUGAUGAACAUUCCUGUCAAGGACAGCUUCGUGUUCAACUUUGCUAGGAUUCAGGACGUAUCAGCAGGUGGCGCACAGGUCUUGGCUCUGGUGGCUGAUGAGACGAAGACACGCAUCCACGGGUUCUUGUAUGGAAGUCGCAUGGCGUUGUUGACCCAAGAAGUGGCUGAGCAGGUCUUUUCUCCACCAUCCAUCCCUGGCGUCCCUGACAACCCUGCAAUGAUGUGCAUGUACGGCCAACAGUUUGACAUGCAAGCUACAUACCUCUUCGUGUGCGCCGAUCAAACCAAGACGCCCACGGAUGAGUCUUUGCUUGAGACCAUGAGACCAGGAAAGAUGGAGAGCUUGUCGAACGAUUGA